UUCUCGUAAGAACCAUGUUCUCCGCAAUACGCCUGGUCCCGAACACGAUCCGCAACCUGCCGUGGUCGCUUGGACGGGCCACACCCCGAGCUUUUUCUUCUCAAGACAAUACUCUUAACAACGAUGUAUUCAACUUUGACACUUUUACAAUGAAGCCACCUAAACAGCUCACCACUGAAAUGGCGGAAGGUAUCGGUGAAGCGACACAGUUUUAUGUGCGGUACGGUGUUGCGAACCAGCGACUCAAAGCACUAUCUCAAGAUUUUAAUAUGCCGAUCGUAACCAAGUGGCAAAAAAUGAUGGAAGUUUUCCUCGUCACGCAAGUCCACGUAAUUGGCGGUAUGGGGUAUACAGGUGACGAGAGCGGCUUGACACAAUACGCAUCAGACUUAGCUGCCUGCUUGCAACAGGUAGAUCCAACAAUGCAAGAACUAUUUCGGGAAGUUCGCCGGGAUACCUGGCGCGAACUAGUUGCCACCUGCUUUGGUUUGGAGGUCAACGAGAUUCCGACUCUUUCUAUCGCUGAUGCGCGCAAUGUAAUGCACAAAGUCUCCACGAAGAUGAUUGAUCCAGAAACCUUACUCGCUAUUCAGACUCGGACCGCAAAAAUUGAAGACAGUGACGUAGAAGUAGAAGUGGCCCAAAAGCACCAAGUGUUGCAGGACAUCAUUGUCAAUAGGGUAUACCUUGGUGGUAGUCCCCCUUUAGUCGAAGAGACGGGAUUUGGCAAGGGUGCGCAGGGUUACGCUAAGUUGCAGUGUGCUAUGAGUGACCACGAAGGAGAUCCGCUUAUCGCCGAGUAUGCUUCGGCUGGAAUGAUCAAAAUAUGGGGCGCGGCUGGUCUCGAUAUUAAUUCGAUACACGGACCGGGAUUGCCUGCGCCUGAGUAG